UUCAUCCCUGAAAAAAAAACAUAGCUUAAACUAGCAAGCAAUUUAGGUCGAAUUAUGAUACACAGUCUGUUUAUUGUAAACAGCGGCGGCGAGGUCUUCCUGGAAAAGCAUUGGCGCUCGGUUGUCUCGAGAUCUGUGUGCGAAUACUUCCUUGACGCCCAGCGCGCUGCUCCAUAUGAUGUGCCGCCGGUGAUAGCCACGCCCCACUACUACCUGAUUACAGUGCAAAGGGACACGGUGUCUUUGGUCGCCGCCUGCAAGCAGGAGGUGCCGCCGCUCUUUGUCAUCGAGUUCCUGCAUCGCGUGGUGGACACCUUCCAGGACUAUUUCGGCGACUGCUCCGAGUCCGUGAUCAAGGACAACUAUGUGGUCGUUUACGAGCUGCUGGACGAGAUGCUCGAUAAUGGCUUCCCACUGGCCACCGAGAGCAACAUCCUCAAGGAGCUGAUCAAGCCGCCCAAUAUCCUGCGCACCAUUGCCAACACGGUGACGGGCAAGAGCAAUGUAAGCACUACUUUGCCCUCGGGUCAGCUGUCGGCGGUUCGCUGGCGCAGAAGCGGCGUGAGGUACACCAACAACGAGGCGUACUUCGAUGUCAUCGAGGAGGUGGACGCUAUCAUUGAUAAAUCCGGAUCCACGGUCUUUGCCGAGAUCCAGGGACACAUCGACUGCUGCAUUAAGUUAUCCGGCAUGCCAGAUCUGACGUUAUCUUUCAUGAAUCCUCGCCUCUUCGACGACGUUUCCUUCCAUCCUUGCGUGCGCUACAAGCGCUGGGAGGCGGAGCGCCUGCUCUCCUUUAUCCCGCCCGACGGAAACUUCCGCCUGAUGUCAUAUCACAUUAGCUCUCAGUCCGUGGUGGCCAUACCCAUCUACAUCAGGCACAACUUUUCGAUCAAAACGGGUGAGCAGGGGCGUCUGGACCUCACGAUUGGCCCGAGGAACACCCUUGGUCGCACCGUUGACAAGGUGAAGCUGGAGCUGACCAUGCCGCGGUGUGUGCUUAAUUGCCUAUUGACGCCGAAUCAGGGAAAGUAUACCUUCGAUUCGGUGACCAAGACGCUGUCCUGGGAUGUGGGACGGAUCGAUGUUUCCAAGUUGCCAAAUAUUAGGGGAUCGGUUUCCAUUACGCCCGGUACGACCAACAUCGAUGCCAAUCCAUCCGUGAAUGUCCAGUUCCAAAUCUCGCAGCUGGCCGUCUCUGGGCUAAAGGUAAAUCGCCUGGACAUGUACGGCGAGAAGUACAAGCCUUUCAAGGGCGUCAAAUACCUGACCAAGGCGGGCAAGUUCCAGGUGCGGAUGUAGACAAAAUCAUCAUCCGGAUUCCAAUUCCAGCUUUAAUUAAUAGCUAACGUUAAGUGUAUUCCGCUUGUUUUUUUUUUUUUCAUUUGAUGUUCUAGCCCUCGUCUCUCUCCCUGUGUAUCUCAUUUAUGUAUCUAUAUCUCUACCCAUAAAAUAUUAACUUCAAGUGUAGUCGCCUUGUCGUUGUUCUUGGACGCCGUCGCCAUAUUCGAAGAGUAAGAAUGCGAGAAUUGAUUGGGAAUGAAGUUGCAAGUCUUCGAGUGGCGUGGCUUGGCAUGGCAUCGCAUGGCAAUGGCACCGUCGACUGCACUGCACUCCAAGUCAAGUCACUCCACUCGAUCGCAGUGCGCCUGGCAACAGCCAGCGAGGAAACCAAUAAAUUCAAAUGAAAAUGCAAAACUUGAUUUUGCAGCCAGGCCAACGCAUUUAGCAUACGAAUAGUGUGUAUACAUCUUGUUUAUCAAUGUGUGUGAAC